AUUUUUUGUAUGGGGUGAGGGGGGUUUAGUUUUAGUUUUAGUCCUUGGCUUCGGGUAUGAUCCUAUCUAAUCCUCCAUGAAAGGUGGUAGGUUGAUGGGGGUUGACUUCUUUGCCGAGCAGAGAGGGAACUGCAAUUCUUCUCCUGCCAAUUCUUUGGGCGUCUCUAUUAUUCGAAUCCCCGUUUAGUGCUAUGAGUGCUGUCGGUUUUAUUUAUUACCAAUUUAUCAAUACAAGAUUUUUCGAUUUUUACUUUCCUAAGCUGGCCUUGUCUCUGUCACCUUGUCCUUUGUUUACAAUUUGAUUAACUUCUAUUGUGAAAAGAUUCUUGAGCCAAGACAAGUAUUAUUAUUAUUAUUUUUCCACUUGUUUGUUCACAUUGUAGAAUUGAAUGUGGGAAUGGAUUCUCUAGUUUGUAAUAGAUCUUGCCUUUUGUGAUCCAAGAAGCUAGGUGAUAAAUGCUGAGGGCCCUCGUCCAAGCCAUUGUGGGCUGAGACGAAGGCUAUAAUCCGCAAUGGUUAGCUUACGGAGGCGUAAACUCUUGGGACUAUGUGCUGGGAGAAGUUCUUUCUUAACUCCACUUCCUCGAUUUUUUGAUCAUGGAAAUACUCCUGUAAGCUCUUCCCACAGUGCCAGGUGUAUCAGUGUGCAUCCCCUGCCGACAGAAGAUGUCAAGGAGCCAGGGGAGAAAUCAAUUGUCAAAAUUGGAGAUGGUUCUUCAAAUGUAUCAGCCUCUAACUCAUCAAAAGAGCAGCAACCUCAAUCAUAUCCAGAGCAACCUGUUAAGCGUCGAAAGCGACACAGGAGAAAGCACGUUCAGAACCAGGAGCAAUGCCUAAUGAGAGGUGUCUAUUUCAAAAAUAUGAAAUGGCAGGCAGCAAUUAAAGUUGACAAGAAGCAAAUCCACCUGGGAACUGUUGGUUCACAAGAAGAGGCUGCCCGUUUGUAUGACAGGGCUGCGUUUAUGUGUGGGAGAGAACCCAACUUUGAACUGUCUGAGGAGGAGAAGCAAGAACUUAGAAAAUUUAAAUGGGAUGAAUUUUUGGCAAUUACUCGCAGUGCAAUAAAUAAUAAAAAGCACAAGAGAAGAAAUGGAGCCAGUUUGCCUAAGAAAUCUGAAGCUACAUUGCAGAAUGGCGAUUGGGAUGACAAGCAAGGAGUUAACAGCUUUUCAGCUUCAGAAGAUGUGGAGCCAGACUCGUCGACAUCCUGAACAUUUUGGUUUCAAAAGAGGCUAAACAUUUCAGUUCUGACAGUCCAGCUUUAGCUUCUUGGCCUCCAUUUUUUGGUGUACAAAGUUCUCUACAGGGCAGAUGAAGGUAGACAACAUCUUUGAGUAAGCAAGCAGAUUUUUACAGUUUUAACUCAAUAAAGAGACAUAUAGGCAUAAUAUUUAAUGUCACUGUCUGCAAUCACCUUCAUCUUGCAGAGCUGUUAAAUAUAUAGCUAAAUUACUUACUUUUUCCUUUUCUUUUUUUCUUUUUGGUACCCAUCGUGGAGGUUGGAAACCACAUAAUGCUAGAGGAACUCUGUUUGAAGAAUUUAAAUUAUUAUUAAUCAAAAAUUCAAGUACUGUAUUCAUUAAUCAGUAA